CGCGCGCGCCGCCGUUUGAACGUGCCAUGGAGGGGCUGGCGGCACUGCCCGAGGCCUGGCAGCUCUUCUUCCCCUCCGUCCGCGCCGCCACCUUCCGCAACUGGCCCUUCACCGAGGGCUGCGCCUGCACGCCCGAGCGGAUGGCGGCGGCGGGCUUUGUGCACUGCCCCAGCGAGAACAGCCCCGACGUGGCGCAGUGCGUCUUCUGCUUCAAGGAGCUGGAGGGCUGGGAGCCCGACGACGACCCCCUGGAGGAACACAAAAAGCACUCUGCGGACUGUGCUUUUCUUUCUCUUCAGAAAGAACUUGCUAGCCUGACGUUGCAGGAGUUCCUGAAACUGGACAAAAUGCGAAUGGGAAAGGCACUUAAAAAAGAGAUUUCUCAGAAGAUGACCAAGGUUGAAGAUAAAGCCAAGAUCCAGCGUUGUAGUAUAAUGAAUCUGGCCUAGACUGCUGCAGCUUCAUAGUUGCCAGUGACGUCUGUCUUGUCCACAUGCUGUGGCACUGCCCCUGUGACUGAAUGGCCAUGUUUCCUGAGGCUGCUUCCAGACUGGCUGUCCCUGAGAAACAGAGGGAAUUCUGCUUCACUCCUCUGAGUCUGUCUGGGAAGUACCUGAGGUUUCAUGUAUUGCAUACAUAAUCUUUUUCUGCAGGGAUUCUCCUAAUUUUCAUGCUGUUUUUUUAAGGAUUAUUACCUGUGGGUUUACUUGUUUUCUUUUUUUUUUUUUUUUAAACUUGUAUUUCUGAUUGGAGUUGACAUGCAUUUCCAUUUUUGUACUCAAUACUAAUGCUUUUAGAUACUUUGGGACAUAGAAAGGGGAAGGAGUUUUAAAAAUACUUCAGGAAUUUAGGAUUGUGGCUAAUAGCGUUGAGUUAUACCACACCUUAAUGUGCCUGGUAUUCUUGUAAAUUUCUGUUUGUAGUUGGCUGCUUCCUUGUGUUGAUGCAUUUAUAAAUAAAAGUUGAAGGCAGAACAAAAACGUAGUUUUACUC